AUAGUCAUCAUAGCAAAUUACUUUUUGUUUUCUUUUUCGAGUUUUUUGCUAAUUUCCACGUACAAGAUUUAAUUUUAAUCAUAUAGAAGAGAGAAAACAAGAAUUUAAACUGUAGCGACUGUUAAUUAAGAAAAAGAGUGCAAAUUCCAAGGAACUUAAACUUUUGGUUCAGUUGAAACAAUUAUCAUACAAUUAUGCUUAGAAAUGUACGUUCCUACGAAAAUGCUGACGAUAUGUUCAGUUCGACAUAUUUGCCCCAUCCAUUUACCAGAUCAUCGGAAGUGGAAGAUGUAUUGCAAAUGGAAAUUUUAACACGUUUAUCUCGCAAUACAGUUCAACGUUUUGAUAACAGCAUCGAAGCUAAAGUUGAACCUGGAGACACUUUGCAAGCUAUUGCGUUACGUUUUCAUUGCUCAAUAGCUGACAUCAAACGUCUUAAUAAGAUCGAUAAAGAGAAUGAGAUACAUGCUCAUAAAGUUGUAAAAAUUCCAGUGACGGUACACAAUGUAUUGCUAGAUAAUUUUCCUAUUGUUCACACAAGUGGAAACAGCAGCCCCGAAAUUGUAAAAAACACUGCUGGCAGUUAUAAUAAUGAUGGAAGUCCGGGCAGUAGUAGUGGUUUAAGUAGCCUAAUACGUAAUCCUUUACAAGAAAAUGAAGCAAUUUUAAGUGAAAAGUUAAUGGUAGCUUCUGUAAACGCCUCUACAGCUGUCAGUCCUUCAGCGAUCAAUGGUAGAGAAAGUGUAAAUAUAAACGAUAUAAUACUAAAAUCAACAUUAAAGGCGAAUAUCAGCGCAAUUUGCAGAGGUAAAGAUCCUGAUAUAACUGCCAAUAGUCAUAUAGACGCCUCAGCACCUCUUAUAACUGAUACAUUAGAUGAUAGCACAGACGUACUGAAUGUGCAUCGUAUACGCGGGCCAUCAUUGCGUACUAUUAAUUGGUCCGGUUCGGAUUGUGAUAUGUCUUGGGUUUGCCUUUUUAUAUUCAUUUUGAUCUUAUGUUUUGUUAUACCGCUCGUUUAUGUAGUGUACAUAGCUGAACAUGUACAUCAUAACGUCACUGCAGUCAGUGGAUCAUUAACAUUGCAAGCAGGAAUGAUAAAUCAUUGAUAUCUCAUGCAUACGUGCAGUCAUUGUCGAACGAGAAAAUUCAAACGCGAACUAUUUUUUAUUUGUAUAUAUAUAUUUAGUAUAUACCGUCUUAAAUUUGCAAAUAUAAUAGAUGAAGAAUUUUUAGUUGGUUUUAACGAUGAUUAGGAAUCGAGAUGGUAAAGAAUAAUACAUAUGUUUACAUAUACACUAUUAUUAAAUAAACUUUUUCCAAUGGCAAUAUAAAAUAUUUUGUAUAUAACUAGAUUAAACACCUCCAUCUGAAAGUCAGACAUUGUUUUACAUUUCACAAAGAGAGCUACCGCUGAAGGUCUAUUAACUAUAUACCCUUACAUAUUGUUAAAGUAAGAAAAAUUUGGAUUCGUUUGGAUUUGCUUUCAAUUUUGUUAGUAUGAGAAAUGUGAGUUUGAUUUUGUUAAAAUUUGGAACGAUUUGGUUUGGUACGGGUUUUGGAAAUUUGGGUACGAUUUGGUUAAAACUCAAAUUUUUCAUAUUAACAAAAUCGAACGUAAAUUUUAACAAAAUCAGGCAACUAUAGUAGCUAAUUAAUUUUACGAGUAAAUUUCACCUAAGCAGUAAAAUAGUUUUGAGUAUUAAGAAACUUUAAAGUAUCUCUAAUAAAUUAUUCACUCCAUGAUUGAUUUAAUAUUAAAACAACUUUAUAGAAAUUAUAUAUUGAGCAUAUAUGCGGCAAUUUCGUUGCCAAGGUCUACAUUUCGUAGAAGUAGUUCACGAACUUGUGUCUGUCGAAAUGUUAUCUGAAAAGUAGAUUUGGUUUCUGUCGGGCGAGCAAUAUUCGAUCAAAUCAUCGUUUUAAUUGAUUUUGAGCCCCUGUUGGGGAAACACAGAAAUGGUGUUGUAGCGACUAUAGUGUUGCUGCUGAUAGAUUUAUGCGACCUAACUUCGCGUCGGCUGGGAUGUUCUAUGUCAAAUGGGUUCAAUGUUCAGCGGCCGUGGAACUGCGUGGUGAAACCCAUGUCUUAGGCUGAUUUGCUAUAAUCAAGCUAUAAUGAGCUUUAAGUGGUGCCACUUUGUUUCGAUUUUUAAUUUUUUUACAGCAUAGAUUGCUUAAAACCAGUACAUUAAAAUAUUAUUUUAAAACAUUAUCCUCCUUAGAUAAAUUUCUAAAACCAACUAUGCUAGCUUAUAGAUUUGCGUAAGCAUCUACGUAGCGCAUAAGUUUAUUUCCAUGAAGUCUUAGAAUUAAAAGAAUAAACAAGAAAUUUUUACAAGUUUUGCUCAAAUGUAUAGAGCAAUGCUUAAAAAAACAGACGAAAAUUCUCCAUGGGAUUGGAAUCCCGCCUUCGAGAUGGUGGUUUUCACCACUUAUGAUGAAAUGGCCCAAAUAAAUUGCUAAAAUAAAUACUGCUUUACAUAUCUAAAUUGUGAACAUCUUAUUUUUUUUAAAAUAAUUUUGAAAGAGUGAAUAAGAUCUUCAAAUAAAUACGAAGGGGUAAGUGUGAUAGG